AUGGGACACCAUACAUGCUGCAACAGACAAAAGGUGAAGAGGGGCCUAUGGUCACCAGAAGAAGAUGAGAAACUCAUCAACCACAUUUCUGCCUAUGGCCAUGGUUGUUGGAGCUCAGUUCCAAAACUUGCAGGACUGCACAGAUGUGGCAAGAGUUGCAGACUUAGAUGGAUAAAUUACCUUAGACCUGAUCUAAAACGUGGGAGUUUUUCUCCCCAAGAAGCAGCUCUUAUCAUUGAACUCCAAACAAUUCUAGGCAACAAAUGGGCUCAGAUAGCUAAGCAUCUACCAGGAAGAACAGACAACGAAGUCAAAAACUUUUGGAAUUCAAGCAUCAAGAAAAAGCUAAUCUCUAAUGGUGAUCUCUCUCAUUUAGCCACCUUAUUUCCAAAUCUACCCAUCACUAGCACUACUGCCUCUUUUGAAGGUUUCUUCUCACUAAAUGCAAACCCUAAUUUGAUCCCAAGUGCCCAACAAGACCAGAUUUACACACCCAACCCAACCUCGAGUUUUCAAGGCUUUGACCCUAUUGACCUCAAGUUUGAUCAGGUGAUGAUGAACUACAAAGCCAAUUUUGUUAAUUCUGUGCCACUUGACACACCUAAAUAUGACCCUACAAGGUCAUUGGGCUAUUAUCAACCACAACAACUUGAUGGUGGACAUGUUCUUAAACAAGAUGACUACAUGAUGUCCAGCAACCCUAAUAUGACAAUUCCACCAUAUGAUGAUACAUUGAUGGUGCCUGUGACGCCGGUUUCAUCGAUUUCGCAUGAUCAAAUUCAUCCAAUGGCUACACUCUCAUGUUUUCCAUAUGGGUCCUGUCAGCAUGAUCUGCACGUGCCGGUGAAUCAAAUGGACUACAUUGAUGCCAUCAUGUCAUCGUCUUUGUCAUCAUCGUCAGCUUCAUCCACAAUAUUGUCCAGCCAAUUUGUUUUGAACCCUAAUCUUCCUUCAAGCAACUGUAACCCUAGACAUGGUAAUGGAGGAGGUUGUAAUUUGCACUAUGGUGACUAUGGAUUCAAUUAG